CAAGACGCCCGACGUUUCUCGUUGAGUUCAAAAAGUUUCCAUUUUUAUGUGAGAAAAAGUUGUGAUAAUUUGUGGAAAAUUAAUAUCCAACCGCAUUUCUACCGAGAUGGAAUUCGAAGAAGUGGAAAUGGAGGAGGAUUACCUGAUCGAGGGAGAUAUCAGCGAUGCUUCACCGGUUAAAACUUCACAUGAACCUGCACCAAAAGUGGCCCGGCUGGUCCCGAAGUCGGAACCUUCAACAUCCGGCAGAAAAAUUCCCAUCAUCCGGAGUGCGGGAGCUGUGGUCACUCCGGUGCGUACCGCUAUCCGAAAGCCAGUACAAGCCUCUCCAUCUUCUAAAAUCGGUGUAGCUUUCGAACGGGAAAUGCCAAAACGUCCUGAGAACGACGUACAUAACAGCCGAAUCACUAACAUUGAAGAACAGUUGGACGCCAUCCUGGAUAACCUGGUCAAACGGGACGAAGAUAUCGCCUAUAUUCGGAAGAACAUAGCCUACACCGAGAGAUUUAUGAAGAAAAAAAUAAGAGCAUGGAAACGCAAACACUUCGAACGCCCCCUGGAUGAGGGUCAACCCGAACCAAAACGGCUCAAUCUAGUAACUUUUCCCAUCCCGGAUCAGGAGUAUUUAGAAAGGUUGGAAGAGGCACUCGAAGAAGAUGAAGACGUAAAAAUGGAUCUUACUGCACUGUUUUAUUUGGCACCCCAAGAAUCCGCAUACAAAUUUUUUCGCCGGAAUUUAAAAAAUCUGUUCAGCAACACGUCCAGAUACUUUUGGACAGGACGUCUCUCGAACAAGAGCCACGAUUUUCCGAAUCGGAAACCCGCACGAACUCUUAACACCAUCAAACUGUUGCUGAAAUGUGGUGAAGAUGUUUUCGACACUGCUAGUGCGGAUGCACUUGCGAACGAGUGUAGCAUAGCUUUGAGAAGUGUCAAUUAUAUGCAGCACAAGAACUUAAGAGCAGGCGUGAGUGACCCCGCAUUUUGAGAAACGUUACAACUUGUAUCUAGAAUGUUGCUUGUUUUCUUGAAUAUAUUAUAAGACUAACUAAAAUACAAGUGUUUGUUUGCUUUCUUUAGAUAUAGAUUUAGAUUUAGAUCAAAAUGGAUUUAGAGGUCAAAAUGGCUUCGACUCACUGCAUCCUAUCAUGAUUGGGAUUGUGUCAUUGAAGCCCUACCGUAGUCAACAUUUUCGAUUGAAGCGCCUAAGGAAAUUUUGAAUCAUCUCACAUAAGAAAUAUUUGAAGUUCUCGCAUCGUCACCUUAUAUGUACACCAAGUUUCGCACCGGUACAACAACACGGAUGUGACGUUUGAGUUAAAAAUUUGAAUUUACAUUUGAGAUGAAAUUUUCGGAUUAUGCAAAAACGAAAGCUAUAAACAGUUUCGGAUUUGAUUAAGGCAUUUUACUUAUAAAGUUUAAAGUGCUAACUUUGGGUUAGUAAGAGAGAGGGGGAAGGGUCGAAAGUUCCUGAUUUUUCUAAAUUUUAAGUUCGUAAUAGGAAAUGAAAAUAACUCGGUGAUUAGUUAAGAGAAGAAAGAAUAAGCAUCGAGCAAACCAGGAAAUUUGUCUUGUUAAGCCUACGGAUGCACAGUGCGGUGAAAUGACAAUAGAAUGAAUGAAUCCAUCAAGAAAACUUAUGUGAGUACUUUAAAAGUCUAAUGCCUUUUUAAA